AUGAAUUAUAUUAAGUGGCUGUUAUGGUCAUGUUUCUCUACUUGUAUAUAUGGCAAGGUGGCCUACGUCUCCACCCUCACAUCUGACUCGUUUUUGUUGGCCGCGGAAGUGUUAGGUAUGUUGCUGUAGGUUGUUUCGAUUUACUUUGUUUUUGGAUAUUUUACUGUAAUUAGACAACAUUUUACAGUACUAUAUUGCAGUAAGUAUUCACUUUUUAUCAAUUACAAUAUAAAUUUCAAAGUGAAUUAAAAAUAUUUUAAAGUAAAACACAACACAUAUUUUCAGGAUUUUCAAUAAAACAAGACCACCACAAUGUGGAGUAUCUUGUAGUAUAUACGGAAGAUAUAUCUCAAAAGUCUGUCGAUACCCUAACACAACAUGGCAUCAAAACUCUCCUGGUUAAAAAGCUAGAUACACCUUAUAAAAACAAUCAUACCGCUACUAAGUAUCAGGUAGGUAAUUUGUUAUAAGAUAUUUUAGCUGAGGUUUGUAAAAUAGGGAGAUUAGUCUAACGAUUUACUUUUAUCAAAAAAAUUUUAAUUUUUUUUAAAUUUAAAAAGUUAUUUUUGAAAAAUCAAAUAUAUUUUUACUCUUCAAAACUACAAUUUAGUGUUUUACAGUACACAAAAGUGCAUUUGUGGUCGUUGACAGAGUACGAUACUCUAGUUCAUCUUGAUUUGGACACAUUGGUGGUGGAUAAUGUGGAAGAGGUGUUCCAAUGCGGAGAGUUUUGUGCUGCCCUCAGGCAUUCUGACAUGUUCAACUCUGGAGUAUUUGUUUUGAAACCGAAUUUAAAGGUAAUUUUAAGGUUAAAUUUAGUUAAAAUAGGAUUAUUGCUUUAUAAAUUAUACAUGAAGACGUUUAAAAAUUUUUUGGAAAUGCCUAAAAAUUAUAAAAAAUGAGUCAUAAUGUUUAAAAGUUUAGGUAUACAAUGACAUGUUGAAUACCGUACAGACCGCUUCGAGCUACGAUGGUGGAGAUCAAGGCUUCUUGAACACUUACUUUUGGCAGUUAAAAUACGCUCAAAUGUUUGGCAGUAACCACAGCGAGUGUGUUCAGAAGAUACGACGACUGUCAUCAAUCUACAACUAUGACAUAGGCAUGUAUUACCUCAGUAAUCGUAUGUUGGUAACGCCCAAGAUCAUCCACUAUACCUUGGGUCCUAUUAAGCCGUGGGACUGGUACGGGUACCCCCUAUUCGAUAUGAAUUGGAAAUGGCACGAGAUUCGGCUUAAGAUGCACCAUGAGUUCAGUCAGAUGACUUGGGAGAUAUACAACGACCUGACCAAACUUAUGGUAGCCACUUUUAUUACUAUAGUGGUACACUUGGUACUGUUACGAAACAGGAAUGCUGUAAGGAGGAUUACGGUAUGCAAGCCGUCGGAGACCGAGCAGGUGUUGGUUACUGUAGCCAUUAUGGUCUGUUGUCCCAUCAUAGCAUUCUACAGUACUCCGAAACUAAUCCUACCUCAGUUAGGGUGGUUACAUUACACUACGUACUUGGUAUGUUCAUAUUAUUCUUUUUACUUACUUUACCAUUUUUACAGUACAGUUUUAUAUAAUUUAAAACUACCGUAUUUCAGAUACUAUCGACUCAACUACUGUGCCUACUGUACUCUAACUACCUACGUACCACCCACUAUAACAUGAUGGCGUUCUUUGUCGUGUCUAUCUAUAUGUUCGUAUUCAAAUUUGUUUAUUGGUUUGUAUUAGUGUCUAUAAGCGUUCCUACUGUAAGGUUUGUGACUUGUAUUGUCUUGAUAUUACUGUACAUUGGACUGACCUCAAUUUUAUUGCAUUUUAUUUUAUUUACAGUUACAGUAACCCCGAAGAAAGUUAA